UUGGAUUUGAGUGGUUAAGCUUUAAUUUAAAAUGUUCAACUUUUUCUUCUGGGCCUUUGUUUUCGGAAGUAUUGAGGGAUCACUGGCAUAUCAGCAGUCCAAUUACUGUGAUACAGACUACCAAUGUAGCCAAUUCACACGUUCGGAAAUGCAGCCAAGGAUCCUUGACACCCACACCCAGCUCAGCAGAAUCCAAGGAGAGCAAAGGGCCCUUAAGGAAAGUCUUCGGGUGGUACGAAGUGAAAUGGAUUCCCAGAUGACAAAAAUAAACAACAUAGUGGAUGCAAACUUUCGUGGAAUAAAAAUGGAGCUGGAGAACCAAUCCUGCAACAAGGUACUCACUCUAAGCGACUUCAAUGCAGAAUUAAAGGCGUUUCAGACUAAAAUAGAAGAGAGAUUAAUAAAGGAGACACACGCUCAACAAGAACUGAAUAAAAGACUUUCGGAGGCGCAAUUCCUACUGAAAAUUCAACAAGCAACCAUUGGUAACCUCCUACGGAAGAUCACCGCGCAAUCAAACAUUGAUAAAUCCUGCGCUAGUGGCAUCCCAAAAGAAGUUGUAGAGGGAAGAUUGCAGGCGCUUCUAAAGAAAAUGGAAGACAAACUAACUACGGUGCAGAACACUCUCCAGACACUUCAAACAAAGGCGGAGGAGCAUAAAUUAGCUGUCCAGGCAACUUCUAAAGCUACACCUUCCGAAGAGAAAGCUUAUAUCUCACUAAAUUUCAAAAAUAUUGGUGGGAGAUUUUUCUAUAUUGAAAAAAAGGAAAAAAAAUCAUGGGAAGAGGCUAGACAGGCCUGUCGAAAGAUGAGCGGCUAUUUAGCCGCAAUCGAAAAUGAAACCGAGCUAAAGGCCAUCAAUGCGGAAGUUAUCAAAAGCGAUCGAUAUUGGCUUGGCCUAACCGACAAGAGGAAUGAAGGAGAGUUCGUGUCGAUCGCCUCAGGGAUGCCAGCAAAAUAUAUGGAAAUGGGUACAGUGAAAAACACAUACAGGAGGAAUUGCAUUCUGCUGGAGAAAACCUUAAUGAAUCCAAGUGCAUGUUCUUCUGAUCAUUUAUAUAUUUGUCAAUCAGACAGGAAAAUAUAGAAAAACAACGCAAUAAAAUUUAUUGAA